UAUUUAUAUCUUGAAGUUUAGAGCAUCCUUUUCCACUUGCUUCCAUGUCCAAGCAAACAAAAAAAAUAGGAAAGUAAUUGUCCAAGUUAUACAGCCACUACUGAUCUUAUACACACAAAGUUAAUGUCUUUUCAAGAUUAAGAAUCAACCACUACUUAUCUCAUAACCAAUACCUUCAAGAUCAUUCUUUUUACCAUUGACAAGCCUUGUUAAUCCUCCUCUUUUGGGGAUGACGAAGCAACGUUUGCAUGACAGAUUCAAGGCCUUUUUUAAUGACAGAUGGCUGGUUUUUGUGUGUGCAAUGUGGAUUCAGUCAUGUGCUGGGAUUGGAUACUUGUUUGGGAGUAUAUCACCAGUGAUCAAGAGCACCAUGGGGUACAACCAGAGGCAGGUGGCUAUACUUGGUGUGGCUAAGGACCUGGGUGAUAGUAUUGGAUUUGUGCCUGGCAGUUUAUGUGAGAUUUUUCCUAUUUGGGCUAUUAGUCUUAUUGGAGUUGUGCAAAACUUUGUCGGGUAUGGCUUGGUUUGGCUUAUUGUUGCGCAGAAAGUGCCUGCUUUGCCUCUCUGGGUGCUCUGUGUUGCUAUAUUUGUGGGGACAAAUGGUGAGACUUACUUCAAUACAGUAGCUCUAGUAUCAUGUGUGCAGAACUUCCCCAAAAACCGGGGACCUGUUGUUGGGAUACUGAAGGGAUUUGCCGGGUUGAGUGGUGCAAUUCUGACUCAGAUUUAUGCUAUGAUCAAUUCCCCUAAUGAAGCAUCGCUGAUUUUCAUGAUUGCAGUUGGGCCAUCCAUGGUUGUAAUUGCUAUAAUGUUCGUUGUGAGACCUGUAAGAGGUCACAGACAAGCUAGGUCAUCUGAUAAUUCAAGCUUCUUAUUUACCUACAGUGUUUGCCUCGUUCUAGCAGCUUAUUUAUUGGGAGUCUUGAUAGUCGAGGAUCUAGUUAAUCUGAAUCAAACUUUGCUCACAGUACUUGUUGCUGUUCUGAUCAUUCUUGUAUUGCUUCCUAUCACAAUUCCUGUUCUAUUGGCUUUCUACUCGGAACCAAGACAUCCAGUGGAGGAGAACCUUCUUCCUGAGACAGAUAAACAAGAGUCCAGUAAAUCUGAGCUGCAAAUAGGUGGAAGUUUCAUUCUAAGUGAGAUGGAAGAUGAGAAGCCUUCAGAAAUGGACUUACUUCAACCAACAGAAAGACAUAGACGAAUUGCUCAUUUGCAAGCUAAACUUUUUCAAGCAGCUGCGGAAGGAGCAGUGAGGAUCAAGAGAAGAAAAGGUCCACGCCGAGGAGAGGAUUUCACAUUAAUGCAGGCAUUAAGAAAGGCAGAUUUUUUGCUCAUGUUUUUCUCCCUUGUACUGGCUUCUGGUUCGGGUUUGACGGUUAUUGAUAAUCUGGGACAGAUUUGUCAAUCUCUGGGGUAUAAUGAUACAAGUAUCUUUGUUUCUAUGAUUAGCAUUUGGAACUUUCUUGGCCGUGUUGGUGGUGGUUACUUCUCAGAAGCUAUCAUUAGAAAAUAUGCCUACCCAAGGCCAGUGGCCAUGGCUGUGGUUCAGGUUGUCAUGGCAGUUGCUCUCUUCUACUAUGCUAUGGGCUGGCCUGGAGAAAUUUAUGUUUUAAGCAUUUUUAUAGGGCUUGGUUAUGGUGCCCAUUGGGCAAUUGUUCCUGCCUCUGCCUCUGAGCUUUUUGGCUUAAAGAGUUUUGGUGCACUGUAUAAUUUUCUUACACUUUCAAGCCCUGCUGGUUCUCUUAUAUUCUCUGGUGUCAUUGCCAGUGGUAUAUAUGACCACUUUGCAAGGAAACAAGCUGGCCUCCAACAGCUAAAUUCUGGAUCAUUGCCUGCUACACAUCUUGAGGAGGAGAAAUCGCUUACUUGUGUCGGCCUCGAAUGUUAUUCUCUCACUUGUGGGAUCAUGUCAGGUCUUUGCAUUAUUGCAGUGAUCCUGAGUUUGAUUGUGGUUCGUCGGACUAAGAGUGUGUAUGCUCAGCUCUAUGGAAAUACUCUUGUUUGAGUUGCAAGAGAAACAACUAUAAAGCGCUUUUCAUUAGCAUAUGGUUUUCACCACUACUUGUAUGCCAGGGAACCUGCUGAGCAAAGAAAGGCAGAACAUGAAUCUAUCACCAUUGUUACACCAGAAAGCGUGGAGCCGCACACAGUAAAGUCUUUGUUUGAAUUAUCCCAAAUACAUGUCUUCGUUGAAUUAUUCUGAACAUGAUUAAACUCCUUGCUUUUUUUGGACAUAUUUUAUGAGUGGUUGAUUCGUCCAACCAGUUUCUUCCAGGAUCUGCAGGAUAUUUCAUUAAUCUGCAGGCAGCAUCAUGCUUUGUAUUCAUUUUGUAAGUUAGGUGAUUAAUUAUAUGCUUGUUGAAAUCAAAACAGAAUUCUUACUUGAUAAAUAUAUUCCAUCUAUUCCUCUUCUUUUA